AUGGCAAAAAAUAAAACUAAAAAAUCUUUUUUCGGAAAAAUAUUUGUAUGUGGUGGUAAACAAGACACGAUACCAUCAUCCUCAAUAUCAUCACGCGAGAAGAUAAUAGCAACCGAGGAUGCAACAACACCAAUACCCAUAUCGAACACUUCUUCUCACAUAGAGAAUAGUCAUGACAUCACGUUAGAAAAAAAUCACACUUUAGAAGAAGAUAACGCAAAAAAGAUCGCGGAACUACUAUCUCGUGUCGAAUUUCUAAGCACCGAAAACGAGCAAAUUAAGUCCGAUACCGCUCUCCUCUCCGCAAAAGCAACCGAGCUCUCAUCCGAAAAUCGACGACUGACCGAGCAAAAUGAAUCAUUGUCCGCCGAUAAAUCAAAGCUCGCGCAACUUUUGUCUGAGAAUAAACGACUUUUAUCGGAUACUCAUCAGGAACUAGAUAAGCUGAAACGUGAAACCAUGAGUUACAAUUCGGACGUGGUAGCGAUUCGUGAAGAAUCCAUCAAGAUCCAUUCGGAAAAUGAGUCGUUGAAGACAGCGAAUGCUCAAUUUUCGCUUCAGGUUCAAGAAUCUGCCGUGAAAAUACAGGAAUUAGAAAAGGGACUUGAGAUGUUUAAAGAAAGCAUGGAAGAGUUGCGAUUGGAGCGUGAAUCUUUGGUAAAAGAGAAUAGAGAUCGUCUUGAAGAAAUUGAGAGAUUAAAGAAACAAGCCGAACAAAUGAUGCAAGAACGGCAAGGUCUCGACAUUGAAUUUGGCAAAUUAGAAUCUCAAUGCGGAAAUUUACAAGAAGAAUUGUCACGACUGUCGAAAUCUCAUGAAACGCUAAUUGCAGAUUCAAUGAGUCUAAAACACGAGAAUAAUUCAUAUCAAUUUGAACGUGAAGCUCUACACGAGGAACUAAAAUGUGUUCAUGAUGGAAAAGAAAAAUUAUUAAAACAAGUGGCCAAACUAAAUUUAGAAAUCGAACAAUUGCGCUCACAAAAUGGUGAGCUAAGGAAACAAAUGACUGGAGCAGGACAAACAAAGGAGGCGUUAUCACAAAAAAUUAACAGUCUCGAACUCGAGAAUCAACAUUACCGUGACAAGAUCACACAAUUACAAACCGCGAGUAAACAGGUGAUCGAGCAAUAUCAGCAAAUGAUUGAAGAGACCGAGAAAAUCAAGGAAGACUGUGAAUUACUUGAACAAAAUAAUGCAGAGCUGAAACGUGAAAGCAACAGGUACAGAUUUGAUUGUGAAACUUUGCGUCAGGAAUUAAAGGAGUCGUACGAGCGAAGUGAACAGAUUGAUGCUCAGUAUUCUCAGCAGUUGCAAGAAGAGAAAAAAUCGGUCAAUCGUUUGAAAAAACAAUUGUCGAAAUUGCAAGAUGAACAAGAGCAAGUGAAAGUGCGUUACAAUGCGAUUGUUGGGAAAACACGUAAAUUAAUACACGAAAAUGAACAAUUACAACGAGAGAAUAGUGAUUUUAAGGAGAGGGAAGUCGUGUUUGCGAAAUCAACUGCCAGCGGUCGUGGAAACAGUAAUAUUCCAAGGUAUGGCCAUCAUCAUCGCCCUAUAUCAACUUCGCCGACAAAAGUUCCUUCAUCAUCAUGA